GAUCAAGAAAUUCGAAGACUUGUUCAAAGGCAACCAGUAAUAUAUAAAAAGGGUGAUGACUUUGCUGUAUUUCUUUGCCAUUACUACCUUGCCAGGCCAUAUUCACCAUUCUGUCUUCAUCCACAAUUGUCAUCACGUUUGUCCAUCUCCCUUGCUUCUCUAGUUCUCUUCUCUUAUCUGAGUAUUACAUUACAUAGCUAUAAGAAUGGGAAACCUGUUUUGCUGCGUUCAAGUAGACCAAUCUACGGUUGCUAUUAAAGAAACCUUUGGAAAAUACAAUGAUGUGUUGGAGCCAGGAUGCCACUGUGUUCCUUGGUUCAUCGGUCAACAGAUAUCAGGCAAGCUCAGUCUUCGUGUACAACAGUUGGAUGUACGCUGCGAAACCAAGACCAAGGACAACGUGUUUGUCAACGUGGUUGCGUCUAUUCAAUACCGUGCCAUUGCUGAAAAGGCAAAUGAUGCAUUUUACAUGCUCAGCAACACUCGUGCCCAAAUUCAGGCCUAUGUUUUCGAUGUUAUAAGAGGUACUGUCCCAAGGCUUAAUGUGGAUGAUGUGUUUGAGCAGAAGAGUGAAAUUGCCAAAUCAGUUGCUGAUGAGCUCGAAAAAGCAAUGUCUCAUUAUGGAUACGAAAUUGUUCAAACGCUGAUUGUUGAUAUUGAACCUGAUGAGCGUGUCAAGCGGGCUAUGAAUGAAAUUAAUGCUGCUGCAAGAAUGAGGGUGGCUGCAAAUGAUAAAGCUGAAGCAGAGAAGAUAUUACAGAUCAAGAAAGCUGAAGGAGAGGCAGAGUCUAAGCACCUCUCAGGGGUGGGUAUCGCUAGGCAGCGACAGGCAAUCGUUGAUGGUCUUAGAGACAGUGUGCUUGGAUUCUCAGUCAAUGUUCCUGGGACAAGUGCUAAGGAUGUUAUGGACAUGAUCCUCGUUACACAAUACUUUGACACCAUGAAGGAAAUCGGUGCAACUUCCAAGACAUCAGCUGUGUUUAUCCCACACGGCCCUGGUGCUGUGCGUGAUGUUGCAACACAGAUCAGAGAUGGACUACUUCAAGCAUCAUCAACAUCUCAAUGAUAACUGUUACCCCACUGUGAAAAAACAUACCACCUUGUGAAGACAUGGUUCUUAUUUGACUCUUUAUAUUACGUUCAUUUAUGCUUCUUUUGAUGCAAGGAAACCUUUUGCUUCUUGAUAUUCUCUCCUGUUAUACUAUGUGGGUUUGUAAGGAAAGGAAAAUUUCGAGUACCAAACUACCAACUAAUUAAACAAUUAUCAUGGCAACUUGCAUGUAUAUAUGGUUAUGUAUUGUCAUUUCUGUACA